UAAAUACCAAAUACCAAAUGGUAGUGAUAUCUUUUACCAAUCCCGAACCCAAAUACCGUAAUUUUAAAAUUUUACUCCCAAUUACCAUACCAAAUACCGAAUACCAAAUUCUUUGGUUCGAUUCGGUAAUUCGGUUUCUGGUAUUUUAUGCCCAGCCCUAGUAAGCUCUCUCACUUCCAACCUGAAAACUGUGAAUUCGAGCUAGAAAGGACCCUUAUUGUAGGCCAAAUUCGGAUGAGCUAGAAAGGAUCAUAUUUAUAAACCAAAUUCGGAUGAUAAGCUCUCUCACUUCCAACUUAAAGACACUGAAUCCGAGUUAGAAGGGAGCAAAAGAGUGGAAGCUCCUUAAAAAGAAAGUGAGAACUUUUUAGUACUAACUAGAUUGCGAGUUUAAGUUAUAUACACCGUCUAGUUUUGUCUCAAAACUAGACAAAACUAAGCUAGUACUUUUGUUGUUGCCAAGGUUGUUUGAGCCAUGAAUCCAACAUCCUCAAUCCCCCCAAAAGCUCUAUUAGAACUAAAAACAGCUCUCUUUCAUGGCUUCCAUUCAUUCAAUCAACUCAAACAUAUCCAUGCACGUAUUAUUCGUUAUGGCUUCAUGCAUAACAACUAUCUCCUAAACUUACUACUAAAAUUUACGUUGAACAAUUUCAACCAUCCGAAUUAUGCUCAACUUCUUUUCAACCAAGCGCGAGAACCCAACAUUUAUGUAUACAAUACUAUGAUACGUGGGUUGGUAUCGAAUAACUGUUAUGAGGAAGGCAUAUAUUAUUUUUACGCGAUGAGGGAGGAGGGUUUCUUCCCUGAUCAUUUUACGUUCCCGUUCUUGUUCAAGUGUUGUACGAGGUUGUUUGAGUUUGAUUUGGGUGUUAAGGCACAUGGGGUUGUUGUGAAAAUGGGAUAUGAUUGUGAUGUGUUUGUGAAUACUGGGUUGGUAUGUUUGUAUUCGAAAUGUGGGUUGCUUGAUGAUGCUCAUAAGGUGUUUGAUGAUAUGCGUGAGGAUUUGAAGAAUGUUGUGUCGUGGACCGCGAUUAUGACGGGGUAUAUUGGUGUUGGGAAGUUUAGGGAAGCGAUUGAGUUGUUUCGAAGGUCGUUGGAGAUGGGUUCGAGGCCGGAUAGUUUUAGUAUCGUGAGGGUUUUGUUGGCGUGUAGUCGCGUAGGGGAUGUUAGUACGGGGGAAUGGAUACAUGGGUACGCGGUAGAGAUGGGUAUGGGGAGGAAUGUGUUUGUGAAUACGGGGUUGAUAGAUAUGUAUGGUAAAUGCGGAAAGAUGGUGAAAGCUCGCGAGGUUUUUGAUGGGAUGGUGGAGAAGGAUGUUGUUUCCUGGAGCGCGAUGAUUCAAGGUUAUGCCGCGAAUGGACUUCCUAAAGAGGCGUUGGAGGUGUUCUACAGGAUGCAACGAGAGGGUGUUAGACCGGAUUGUUACUCGAUGGUUGGUGUACUCUCUGCUUGUGCUAGGCUAGGAGCGUUAGAAGUUGGCGAAUGGGCUAGUAGGUUGAUGGAGAGGGAUGAGUUUUUCGACAAUGCUGUUUUAGGUACAGCGUUGAUUGAUAUGUAUGCUAAAUGUGGGCGGAUGGUAUCCGCGUGGGAGAUAUUCAGACAAAUGACGGUGAAGGAUAGAGUAGUCUGGAAUGCUGUUGUAUUGGGUCUUGCUAUGCACGGGCAUGUGAAAUCCGCGCUUUGUUGUUUUGGUCAAGUCGAGAAGCUUGGUCUAAAGCCUGACGGAAACACAUUCAUCGGUCUUCUUUGUGCUUGUACUCACGCUGGUCUUGUUGGCGAUGGUCGCAAGUACUUUCACAGCAUGACUCACUCGUACUCCUUGGAACCAGCAAUUGAACAUUAUGGAUGCAUGGUCGAUCUUCUCGGCCGAGCUGGCUUACUUGAUGAAGCUCACUCGCUGAUUGGAACUAUGCCAAUGAAGGCUAAUGCCGUCAUUUGGGGAGCGUUGUUAAGUGGCUGCCGGUUACAUCGCGAUACUAAGUUGGCUGAACAUGUGUUGAAACAGUUGAUUCAAUUGGAACCAUGGAACUCUGGAAACUACGUUCUUUUGUCGAACAUCUAUGCAUCUAACAACAAAUGGGAUGAUUCAGAAAGAGUCAGGUCUUCUUUGAACGAGGCGCGGAUGCAGAAGAUUCCUGCGUAUAGUUGGAUCGAGAUAGAUGGAGUUGUUCAUGAGUUUCUUGUUGGAGAUACGUAUCAUUCCAUAUCAGAGAAGAUAUACGGGAAACUAAGUGAACUCAGCAAGGAGUUGAGAGAGGCAGGUUAUGUUCCAAGAACAGAAUACGUUCUAUUUGACAUCGAAGAGGAGGAGAAGGAGCAGUUCGUAGGCUGUCACAGUGAGAAGCUCGCGCUUGCGUUUGGCUUACUACGUACUAGACCUAGUGAAGUUAUACGAAUAAUCAAAAAUCUCCGUAUCUGUGGUGAUUGUCAUACGUUCUUCAAGCAUGUAUCAAAGAUAUCGGAGAGAGAAAUCAUCUUGCGCGAUAAUAACCGGUUCCAUUGUUUCCUUAAAGGUUCAUGCUCAUGUGGAGAUUACUGGUAAGAGGAGCAACAUUAUAAGAAGGGCAGCCUGGUGCAGGAAGCAUUCCGCGUUCAUGCAGAGUCAGGGAAGGGCUGCACCCUAAGGCGCAUGAUGUGCUUAGCAUCAGUCCACGACUUGAACAUGUGACCUACCUCCAGGUCACUCGGAGACAACCUUACCGCUGCUCCAAGUUCGGGUUCAGAUGGAUUUCUCAGUAUAAAGAGGAACACAAUUGUAUUUUUUGCAACCUUUUGGCACAUUGCUAAUACUAAUCCUUACAUCUUUCUUGUACUGGAUGUUGUUAUAUUAAUAAUAUAUAUGAAGAAUUUCAAAAUUAUUAUCUA